CUCUUAACUUCUAUCCCCCUCCCCUCUACUAGACGAACCCAACCCAUCAUACUGCAGGAGCUCGCAUCGCUCCCCCUCCCGCCCAUUCGCAAUGGCCGAGACCCAGCAGCGCGACGUCACCAACCACGUUCUCUUUGAGAUCGCUACAGAGGUUGCGAAUCGAGUCGGUGGUAUCUACUCGGUCCUCAAAUCGAAAGCACAGGUCACAACUGCCGAAUAUGGCGCUUCAUACACCUUGUUGGGUCCGCUCAACAGGAACUCGGCCGCAGUCGAGGUUGAGGAAAUUGAGCCCAAGGACCCUGCUCUAGUAAAUACCAUCAAGUCGAUGAACGAUCGGGGCAUCAAGACCAUGUACGGUCGCUGGCUGAUCGAUGGCGCCCCACGGGUCCUUCUUUUCGAUACCAGCACAGCCUACGGAUUCCUCGACGAAUGGAAAGGCGAUUUGUGGACGGUUGCUGGCAUCCCAUCCCCGCCUGGUGAUUCGGAGACCAACGAGGCCAUUGUCUUUGGUUAUCUCAUUGCGUGGUUUUUGGGAGAGUAUGUAUUCCACGAGAAGAAGCGAGCAGUCAUUGCCCAAUUCCACGAGUGGCUGGCCGGUGUCGCACUCCCUCUUUGCAAGAAGCGACGCAUCGAUGUCACCACGAUCUUCACCACCCACGCCACCCUUCUCGGUCGCUACCUCUGCGCCGGAUCCGUCGACUUCUACAACAACCUGCAGUACUUUGAUGUGGAUGCUGAGGCUGGAAAGCGAGGCAUAUACCACAGGUAUUGCAUCGAGCGCGCCGCUACUCACGCCGCUGAUGUCUUUACUACGGUAUCCCACAUCACUGCUUACGAAAGCGAACAUCUCCUCAAGCGAAAGCCUGACGGAGUUCUUCCUAACGGUCUGAACGUGAAGAAGUUCUCGGCUACUCACGAGUUCCAGAACUUGCAUCAGCAGGCCAAGGUCAAGAUCAACGAUUUCGUCCGAGGACAUUUCUACGGUCACAACGAUUUCGACCCUGAGAACACGCUAUUCUUCUUCACUGCUGGUCGCUACGAGUACAGGAAUAAAGGUGUCGACAUGUUCAUCGAGUCAUUGGCGCGUCUGAACCACAAGAUGAAGAGCUCCGGUUCGAACAUGACUGUGGUUGCUUUCAUCAUUAUGCCAGCACAGACGCAAUCAUUGACCGUUGAGGCCCUCAAGGGUCAGGCCGUUAUCAAAUCGCUCCACGACACUGUCAAGGUGAUUGAGGAGAACGUGGGCAAGAAGCUGUUCGAGCGAUCUCUUGCUUGGACGGAGGGCCAGGAGCUCCCAGAAGACAAGGAGCUUUUGUCUGCGUCGGAUAAGAUCAUGCUCCGUCGCCGACUGUUCGCGAUGAAGCGUCACAACCUUCCCCCGAUCGUCACCCACAACAUGGUGAACGACUCAGAAGACCCAAUUCUCAACCAGAUCCGCCGCUGCCAGCUCUUCAACCACCCCUCGGACCGCGUCAAGGUCGUCUUCCACCCCGAGUUCUUGAACUCCGCAAACCCUGUGCUGCCCAUCGACUACGAUGACUUCGUCCGUGGUACCCAUCUCGGUGUUUUCUCCUCGUACUACGAGCCUUGGGGCUACACCCCAGCCGAGUGCACCGUCAUGGGUGUACCCAGCAUUACAACCAACCUGUCUGGAUUCGGUUGCUACAUGGAGGAGUUGAUCGAGAACGCGUCCGAUUACGGUAUCUACAUUGUGGACCGACGUAUGAAGGGUGUGGACGACUCGGUCAACCAGCUUGCUGAGUACAUGCACGAGUUCACAAAGAAGAGCAAGCGCCAGCGCAUCAACCAGCGUAACCGGACCGAGCGUCUGUCCGACCUGCUCGACUGGAAGCGCAUGGGUAUGGAGUACGUCAAGGCUCGCCAAUUGGCAUUGAGGCGCGCAUACCCAGCCGCAUUCGAGGGUGACGAGGAGCCCGACUUCUUCGGAUCUGGUGAUGUGAAGAUCUCCCGUCCGCUCUCCGAGCCAGGGUCGCCUCGCGACCGAUCUGGAAUGAUGACUCCUGGUGACUUCGCCUCACUGCAGGAAGGCCGCGAGGGACUCAGCACGGAGGACUACAUUGCAUGGAAGCUCCCAGAGGAGGAAGAUCCCGAUGACUACCCAUUCCCACUCACCCUGCGAACGAAGAAGCCCAACGGCUCAGGAACCGCAUCGCCUGCGAUCCCCGCGGCCGUCAAUGGCAGCGAGGCAUCAUAACGAUGCGCAAUCGAAAAGCAGUCUUGGUGAGAGAAGUGUGUGGGCGAGUGGUUUGACAAAUUGCAUCUUUUUUCAUUCUUGGUUUUCCGAUCAUGAAUCAAAAUUCUCAUUUAUAUAGUUUUCUGGGUUGGCGGAGGCGGGAGCGCGGUCGUCGAAUGGUAAAUGCAAUGACAGGGCAAGGCUCGGAACGUGUGAUUUCUCGAUUCUGUGGUUCUGCAUAGGGGACGGGUUCUUUUUUUUUUUCUCACACAACAUAGCGACAGUGUAAUUCCGGUUUUUUCUCUUUUCGUUCCGCCAGCAUGUGAAUCUGCUUCGCUAUUCCCGAAGAGCAAGCUUUCUAUCUGUACUGUACAAUCUAUCAAUCUAUCUAUGUAUCCAUCUAUGAAGACGCAAUGGCGAUUCGU